AUGACCGGGAUUUUUUUUAGAGUCCAGUGGCAUUUUAGGAGAGAAGAAGAUAGUAGUCGAAUGUCACAAGCUUCCAUCAAAUACGGUGCUGAGAUUUGUUUUAAUCGGGUUCGUUUCCGUCCGAGUGACCAACAUUCUGCAGACCUGGCAUCGGAGCAUUGGGAUAAACAAUGCCGGCAGAGCGUUGUGGAUUGGGAAGUAGAUGUCAUGAGAGGAUUCUUCACUUUGUGGAUUAGCAGAACAACAUGCUUGAUGCGUUGCCCUCGACGAAAAGGAAUGCGCCAAGUUACAAUGACAAUAAGAUUGCCGUUUUUUUAA